GACGUGGAAGAGGAGGAGGGAUCAUGCCGAAGAAAGCCAAGAAAGGUGGAGGAGGUAGAGGUGGAGGAAAGACGGAGGAGGAGAGGCUGUUGUUCCUGCAGCAGAGAGCUCAGGCCGAGGAGGAGAUGGCCAAGAAGAAAGAGGAGGUCCUCACUCUGUUUCUGAAGGACAAGUUGCAGAAGGAGGAGAAGAACACUGCGGUGAACCUGCUGAAGCUGAACGAAGGCUGGAGGUCGAUUCUCCGUCAGACUCGAGCCGCCGAUCUGCGUGGAGACCUCACGGUGCUCAGCCAGACGUUUGAGAGGCAGCUGGACGGCCUGGACAGCGUCGUCAAGAAUCUGGAGCGUGACCUGCAGGAUUCGGAGCGUCAGUCGGCCUGGGUGCGGCGCGUCCACCUGCAGCACAUGGAGCGUCUGUGGGCGCUGCAGGACAAGCGGCUGAUGUUUGUGCAGCAGCAGUGGGAGAACAGCCUGCAGCACCUGAACUCCAGCUUCAGCUCCGACAGGAAGCAGAUCUUGACAUACUCUCAGCAGCAGCGAGACGAUCUGGAGGACGCGACGUUCGCUGUGGAGCAGCAACACCAAACAAUGAUGAAGAAAAUGAACAUGCUGUACAGUAAAAGCAUCGCAGCGUUCCAGAUAAGUCAAGGAAAGGUAACUCAGAGUCACAGACUACUGUUGAAAAGUUUGUAAUCUCCGAAGGAGAAGACCGUCCAGAAGAAGCAGGACGCUGGGCAGGUCUCCAGCAGAGAAACAGGGGAGUUCUCCAUGCUGCUCUUCCAAAACCAACUCCUAGAUGAGAACAUUGAGGCGGAAAGAAGAAGGACGAAGAAGCUGCAGGAUGUUGUCCUCCACCUGCGGGAGAAGGGGAAGAGGAGCUCCAGUGAGACAGAAAACGAGUCGGUGGAAAAAGAUAUGACAGCCGCCAGAAACCAGGUGAACAGAAAGACUCAUGCGCUCCGGGACCAGCUGACUCAGGCUCAAACGGUGGCGAGGAAACAGCUGACUGAGCUCACCGUCCAGAGCGACAAAGCGGCCAAGAAACUGCAGACGGUCAUCGCCAAGGGUCAGAAGGUUUUACGAGUCGCCGGAAUGUGUCGUAAGCUGGAGAGCGAGCAGAAGAAAGUCUCGUUGUUAUUAAUCCCGCCCGAGGCAGCAGAACCAGGAAAGGAGAUACCAGAGCUGCGUCAUGUGACGAGGAGCAUCAACACUUCUGUGCUGCAGCGAGAAGCUAUGAUGAUACAGAAAGACGAUCUGGUCCGAGAGAACCAGCAGCUGAGGCUUCUGCUGCGUCAGCACCUGGACGCCAUGACAGUCAACGGCCACGACCUCGACGGACCCCACGCUCUGCUCACCGUGUACCAGGCCCCGAUCGCCACCAUCGCACCGGACGCCAACAGACGGUACACCGUCAUCGAGGCUGUUCACGCCGUCAAAUACUCACAGUGACACGGAGUUACUGAUAUAACGCUGCAUUAGAAGAAGGACUGUCGUGAUGUUUUACCUUUCUUGUUGAAUUUGUUAUUAAUGAUUGACACCACCAAAAACAUUGAAUCAUAAUAAUUGUGUUUUCCUUUUUGAAACAUAAAAAAUUCCCUGAUAAAAUAUUAUAAAUUCAAGGUUUACUUUAAGUCUCCUGUGACUUAAUGUCAGUUUCAAGGAAACGUUUGUUCCAUAAAGAAGUAAAGCUGCAACUAACAACGAGUUUCAUGAUGAGAUCGUGUUUAAUUAUUUAUUCUAAAUUGUGUGAAAAGAAAGUAAAUCAUAAUUUCCAAAGCGACGUCUUCAAAUGUCUUGUUUGAUUUUGACCAACAGUUCAAAACUCAAAGAGAUUGUGUUUACUGAGAUAAAAAAAACUGAACAAAUGUGACGCUGGAGUUACUGGAACCAGACGUUUGACGUUUGACGUUCUGACAUGAAAAAUCACAUGAACAGUUAAUUAUCAAAAUAGCUUGAUUGACUGAUCAAUAAAUGAAGUAAGCUCUCGUAGGAAUGGUGAAGAUAUCUCCACAGAUGGAAGGAAAUCUUAAGGUCUGGUCACUCGGUCACAAUAACAACGAAAACAAACAAAAACACGAUUUACUGCAAACAUUUCAGUCAAAAAUCAAAGACGACGCAGGAAUUCAUAUCUUCAACAUCUGACCCCCAAAUCUAAUUUAAUAAACUCCUCACUUAUUUCCAUUAAUGUUGAUUUACUCACCAAUUAACCAACUCUGUAAGCUCUUUAAAAACAUGUUUAAGAUACGAACUGUUGUAGGAAAUCUUACAAUUUGUUGAACAUCUUGGGACCAGCAGCAGCAGCAGAGUUCAUAUCUACAUUUGUUCCAACAUUUGAGCUGCUCAGCGGCUGACAUGUUGUGAUUAGAUGUCCUCACAGUUCUGGACAGACUGCCUUUAACUUGUGUCCCCUCGUCACAUUUAAAAUGUAGCACUAAUGAGCGAUUAUCUGCACUCAGAUUUACUGCGAGUAAUAAGAGCCUUAAAGAAGUCAUGUUAUCAGGGAUUUUACAAAAAAAUUGUAAAGAUUCAUAAAACAAAGUCAGAAAAGAAUCCUAGUUGUGUGUAUUAUGUUGUGUGUUUUGAUUCCUUUCCAUCCUAUACAUCAUCUUAUGACUCCUCUGGUUUAUUAUCAUUUGCCCCUUAUUGAACUAAGAUAUUGGAUCCUGGAGCGUCAAGAUGUCUCUUCAUUAAAACUAAGAAGAACUGAGCCACAUAGUGUAAAAGCAGAUGUGACCUUUUUAAAAAUAUCCCGAUUGUUAAAUAAACUACAGAAUCUUUAACUGAAGUGUUGAACUUUGCCUCAACUUUUAUUUUGGUGGUACACUUCCUGUGCUUUCAAUGCAGCGCUGUGGACGGCGUGUUCACACAGAAUGAUGAGCGGAGCAGCAGCCUCUGUACAGGUACACCAUUUAAUAGUUAUUAUAGACAUUUUAUAUACAUUUCAACAGUUGUAUUCUGCUAUGUGGUACAAUCUUUAAAAUCUGCUGUUUCAUAGUUUGUAAAUCAAAAAAAAAAAAAAAAAAAAAAAAAUUACAAAACUCAU